AUGUUUCCAUUACUUAGUGGAGUGCCGUCAUCGCGUGGUAGACAUGGCGGUUGUCGCCUUUACAGAAACUCAGUGUUUGCUUCAGUGAGCUCGUCUUCAUCUCUGUGGUGCAGCAAACGCUAUCGUUUGACGAAUGCGACCAUUCUCUCUAAUAUAAAAGGGAUGGCUGAUGAGAGGGAUGAUCUGACAUCUAAGAUUGUGUACGCAACGCGCAGACAGGAGGAUGCCAUUGCGUGGGCCAUAAAGGAGAAGGAACUGUUGGCAGCAAAGGCCAAACUGCAGUUAGAGAGGGAGGCGCAAGAACAGAGGGAAGAAGAUAAAAUUGAAGACUAUGUACGAGAAGUGGAGGAGACGUCUGGAAAAGAGGCAGCAGAUGCAGCACGGCAGAAACUAUCGAAAAUUAAAUCGCCGUAUGUGCGUUCUGUGGAUGCCUUUGGAGACAAAAGUGUGAAGUUGCAACAUUCAUUUUCUGGUCUUGCUGAUAACCGAAUCAUCACAUGGUGGGAAAAGAUGUACUGGAACUAUGUACGGUACAUUUUCACACAGGAACGUCUUAUUGCGAAGGAUCGAUUUGGGAAUAAAUUCACCGUAACAUGGCAAUUUCAAAAGGGUCGUGAGGAGCAACGACGCAUGUAUCGUAAAGAUUCCAACAAGAAACACCUACCGUAUGGUUCACUGGCGACAGAUGACCGACUCUGGGAGCGUUGGAUGCGUGGUCACCGCGGUGAUCCACCUAGUGUUGCUGAAGAAGAGCAUAGUAGAAACUACAAGAAAGAGUAUUUUGGUGCUAUGGUGCUAGAGGAGGAAGAGGUAGAGGAUGCUCUCAUGCGCAUUAUGGCUCACAUGAACCGUUCACAGCAAACCUUUCAAGAACUAGACGAUGAUCAGGUAUACGGGGACGCCCACCGUGCAACAAAACCGCUUCGCCAGACUGAACACCAACCAGAGAAGGAACACGCCACAAAGGCAAAGUCUGGGGCGACGUGGACCCUAGGUUUUGUACGUGGGGAUCUCUUCUACAAUGAGGAGGAAGUGGAAGUGAUGCGCACGGAGCUUGGCCACGUGUUCCGCAACAUGGCAUGGCAGGAACUUGAGUACAAGCGUCAGGUGCGUAUGAACAAGCGGCAGCAUCCUGUACGUAAACCGGCGGAGGGCACGACAGACCCGAACGCCCCUGACGGUGAGCCUUUUGUUCACUACUGGGAACGUACAGAUCUUGGCAUCCCAUAUCACGAUGCCGUGCCCUCUCUCACUACACCGGAACUUGAACGGCUUCGGAUAGAGACGGAUCGACUCGAGGACGAGCGUCUCGCCCACCGCCGUGAACUCGGAUUAACGGACCUUGGCGAUAUACGCGAGGGACGUGGCGCUAUUGACAAGCAAGGGGCCCGCGAGCCAUUCCAGCCGCCACCUGUGUCUUCCCGCUGGCGGCCAAAGUGCUGGGAAGAGUCCUGGGGGACAGGUGCAGGGGGUAUGUGGUAG